CUUUGAGAACACCAUUCGUAAUUCAACUCGAGACCCGCAUCACGAAAUGGCCACAUUUCUGUGUCGAAACUGUGCUUCUUUUUUUGGUAAAGGAGGCUUGAAGCAUAAAGUUCUGAAUUGUUUUCCGAACUUACUUGGAGAUAUUUCACCGAUGUAUAUUCCAUGCGUAGGAUAUGCAAAGAAAGCAGCCAAAGGAGGUGCCAAGGGUGCUAAAGCCGAGCGUCUGUAUGACAUCCUUGAAGUGAACACGGACCCAAAGUACCUUGCCACUCAUUGUGCAGGCUCAAACUUCUUGAAGGAAGGCACAGAUGUCCAACUGAAAGCAGAUGAGGAAUACCCAGACUGGUUGUGGUCUUUGAACACUGGAAAGUCCAAGCCUCUGGAUGAAUUGGAUCAAGAUACCCCACAGUAUUGGAGGAGGUUGAGGAAGAUGCAUAUGAAAAGGAACAAUAGACUUGCCAAAGGAAAGAAGUUCUAGGACCUUGUCACCUUCUGUGCCCUUUGUUUCAAGACUUUGUUACUGAAUUACUGAUCCAUGAUGUACGAAAGGCUCUCUUAUCAUCGACAAUGAUUGGGAAAGUUGCAAAGGUGUGUGGAGUACCAGGCCAGUCACAGUGGGUCUUUCAAAAACUUCUAAAGUUUGACCCUCCUUCUCUCCAACUUUGGAGGAUACAUAAUGUUCAUCUUAACUUAGAUUCAUAGACUGACUCAUAAAGGUGGAUUUGUUUGUCUCCCCCUGUAGGAUUUUGAUUGUAAAUUUUAUGUAGUCAGCGAGCAUAGAUGAUGAAGAAUCAGGGUCAAAUGAUUUCAUGAUUAUCAGUUCUGGUAUUCUGAAAAUUUAUUUAUAUUCUAUAUUACUUUCCAGCAAUUUGUUAGUGUGUGAAUGGACAAGCACACAAGUCAGUGGUGCAAAAAGUUAUAAAGCUAAUUGCAUAUCUCAUUUCAGAUCACUAUGACAAGUGAAAUAAGAUGAGCGAAAAAUUUUCAGAUUACUGUCCUAGGAUACAUACAAGUGAUGAUGGCAUGAAACUUUCACUUUCAGAAAGUGUUGAUUCUAUCAAAUGUUUAAAAGUAUGAUUAUGAAGUGACAAACUUAAUGCUUUUGAAAAGUCAUUGAAAAGACAGAAUGUCAAUCCUGAAUGCCUCUUUUUGUUGGUUGUGGUUGCACUUGAGAUGUACAUUUUGUUCAGCAUUUACAACUAUGUUGACCAUGUUUUUUU